AUGGAGGAGAAGUCAAGCGAUGAAGAUAAAAGUGAUUCGGAGAUAUUAAAUGAAUGUCAAAGAGAGUUACAAGAAUUGGAGAACCGGAAAAACGGAAAACGUACGCGAGAGAGUGAAGACGGCAGUGAAGAUGGUUUUAUAACAGUCCAAAAGAAAAGUUCAAAACGUUUCAUUAGAAGUUGUUCUACGGAAAAUAUGUCAUAUAUGGAUUCUAAUGUAGUUGUAAACAGAAACAUAAAUAGUAAUUAUACAACAGAAAAAGAAAAAUAUGAAGUUUGUUUAUUUUCACAACAAAUUAUGCCGAAACAGAUGGCUUUUGCUAGAUUUUUGAGGAAUGAAUGUAUAGUUAACGAGGAAACAUCAAUGGAUUGUGAAGAUUCGAGCUCAGAGAACGAAGAUAGUAUAGAUAAGAUAACUGAGAAAGAUGAAGAUAAGAGAAAAGCAGAAAGUUUAACAUCUAAACACUAUGAUUUUUUUUUAAGUCAAAUUAUCCUCGCAGCUAAUAGGCGCAUUCCUUUACUAAGAUUAAAUACUGGUCCAACAAACAAAUUUAAACCAAGAGAAUUCUGGUGUUCAUCUUUAUCUAAAUUAGUGGCAGAACGAAGACUGGCUUUGGGGAAUUUUAGAAGAAAUCCAACUCCUGAUAAUCUCGAAAUAUUGGAGAGCAAAGUUACGGCGGUAAGGGAACAGCUUUGGUUGGCGAAAGGUUGCAGUUGGAGGAAUUUUUGUGGAAGUAUUGAUGAGUGUACAUCUAUCUUAGACAUGUGGAACAAGAUGCAAUGGUUUAAAGGACUUCGGCAUACCCAGCUCUCGGUUCCAGAUGAUAAACAAAAAGAAUUACUUCGAUCUCUAACUCCAGACUCUGUGUCUAAUUGCGCCCCUACUUUAAUUUCAAAUAAUGAUCUUCUCGAGACUCCUUUUACCUUACAAGAAUUAGAAAGUUGUUUAAAGAACCGAGACACUGCUCCAGGUUAUUGC